AUGGAGAGAGCAAUAGAGCUGGUGAUGGAGGAGCUAGGAAGUACUCACGACUCUGAAUGCAUAAGGAAUUGGUACUUCUCGUAUCUUCAAAGGAAAGAGAGCCCAAAAAGCAAGUUCAAGGAUGUUCUAUCGAUUAUCAAGGCAGACAUUGAAGAUAUCAAGGUGCUGGAAUCGACGGUCAUGCUCUUUGAAAUUUCACAAGAGACAGCAGAUGAGAUUUCCUUGAAAGAUGUGGCCCAUUCUUACGAGAAUUCGAUGGAGAUCAUCUCGAUUUUGUCUUUAUACAAUUCUAUCUUCCCUAUAAUUCAAAGAUGCAUCAGGAACGAGAGUGUUGGAAGCCGAGUCUCUGAUCUCUACAAUGAGGUUAGUAUGCAUUUGAAUGGGCCACGGGAAGGAUCCCGAGAAGUCCUGGAAGGGAGAAGGAGGUUUUUCUUUGAUUUCUAUAUUCCUGUUGAGAUAUACUUUAUGUCUGUGGGAAAGAACUAUGAAAUGAAAGAGAAGGAGAAGAAGUUCGUCGAAAUGUAUUUGACUAAGAAGAAGCUGGAUAAGAAGGGUUUGGCCUAUGGAGACAAAUUUUAUGAGGAGAUGUCGUGCGGGGACGAAAAGGUUUCCAAGGCAUUAAAAUUUCUCUUUGAAGAGGUUUAUUAG